UUAACUCUUUACCAAACAUGUCCGAGCUAAUUUGGCUUAACACAUCUCAUAUAAAAAUUCCAUAAUUGCACGUGGAUAUCAAAUCAGGAUUUAAAUGGAGUUUAAUUGAAAUUGAAACAAAAUCAUCUGUCCCACACUUUCCCCUCUAACUUCUCCCCAAUUUUCUUUUUCCCUGAUUUACUGUUUGCUUUGCUUUUUAUCACAGCCCUCUGAAUCCUACUCGCUCAUUCAAUGCCUAUUUAUUACUGUGUUAUGUGCAUAUCUGUGAGAAUCAAUUGACUGGAGUUUUGAAAAGGGGGGAACGAGCAAAAAGGGCAAAAAAACCCAGAGUUCUUUCUGUUCACGUCUCUGUAUAGACUUGUUGAAGAAAUUGGUGUUUGUUGAAUCACUCGGCGAAUUGGGUUUUCCAUUGGAGGACUCGUUGUUGAGGUGCUCUCUCAAGGCUUCAGCAAAUUUAUCCGAACUAAAUGGGAAACAGCACACGGGAGCUGUUUUUGCAAGCUAACGCUUAUCAUGAAAAGUUGAACAUCAAUGAAUUAAACCGCGAGGAGAGCAAGAAAAUUAUUGUCGAUGAUGAGAAUUAUGCGGUUGAGAGCUUAUUACCAGAUGAGGAUGAACUAUUAGCUGGGAUGGUUUAUAAGCUCGUGGAUGACUCAGAAGAAUAUGAUCUUUUUGGCAGUGGAGGAGGCUUUGAACUGGAAACUGAUCUGCAAGAAAAUUUAGUGAGAUUUGGUGUUUCGAAUCUGAAUUUAUCCGAUGGUGGUGGGGCUCGAUUGAAUUUUCCCGGUGGUUUGGGGACUGUUGCUGGAGAACAUCCUCUUGGAGAGCAUCCUUCGAGAACUUUAUUUGUUCGCAAUAUUAACAGUAACGUUGAAGAUGAGGAGAUUAAAUCUCUCUUUGAGCUUAUUGAGGUUCCUUUUGCUCUUCAGCAAUAUGGUGAUAUCAGAACAUUGUACACUUCGUGUAAGCAUAGAGGCUUUGUGAUGAUCUCUUACUAUGACAUUCGUGCUGCCCGAACAGCAAUGCGUGCCUUGCAAAAUAAGCCACUCCGGAGGAGAAAGCUCGAUAUCCACUUCUCGAUUCCUAAGGAAAACCCAUCUGAUAAGGAUGUAAAUCAAGGUACCUUGGUAGUAUUUAAUUUGGACCACUCGGUUUCAAGUGAUGAUCUUCUUCAAAUUUUUGGGGCUUAUGGCGAGGUCAAAGAGAUAAGGGAGACACCCCACAAGAGACACCACAAAUUUGUUGAGUUCUAUGAUGUUAGAGCUGCUGAGGCUGCACUUAAGUCCUUGAACAAGAUUGAUAUUGCUGGUAAACGUAUUAAGCUCGAACCUAGCCGUCCCGGUGGAGCUCGGAGAAGUUCACUGCUGCAAGCAAAUAAUGAUCUUGAGCAAGACGAAAGGAAUUUGUAUCACGUGGGUUCGCCGCUUGGGAAUUCUCUCCCAGGUAAUUGGCCACAACACGGUAGCCCAAUGGAGCGAAACCCCUUGAAAAACUACAGUAAAUCACCCGUUUUUGGUUCGAUUAGCCCACCAAUUAGCAGCAGUUUACCUGGACGAGCUUCAAUUCUGAACCAAGUGGGACCCACGAUCCAAGAUAGCCCAAACGGACAUUAUUUGGAUCAUAUAUUUUCUAAUAACGGAAAUUCGAACUCCCGAGUCAUCUUGGACCAAUCCCUUUCGUUGCCAGAUCAUCAUUAUCCAAGCAGUCAGUUUGGCGGGCCUGGACCCGUUUCUUCAUUUGGACCGUCCAAACCAUUAUUUGCCGGGCCACAGCAUAUCUGGGGAAGUUCAAAUUCAAAUUCAAAUAAUAACGGUUUCAAUUUUCUAAACCACGAUUACCGUGUGGGGUCAGCUCCGACUGGCGUUCCUCUCGAGCAGAAAUUUAGUUAUAUUCGAGAGUCUCUCAAAGGGUCUUUUGCGGGCCCCGGUUAUGGAAGUGUGGGAUCAAGAAGUUACGGUGAGCACGUUUUUGGCGGGAACUCGGUUGGAAAUUGUUCUCCUGUUUUGUUCAGUAAUGGAAUUUUUCCUAGCAUCGAGGGUUUUGCCGAACGAAAAUCGAGGCAUUUUGGAGGCAAGGGAUCCCAAAUGGAUAACAAGAAACAAUUUCAGCUCGAUCUUGAUAAGAUUAAGAGUGGUGAAGACACUCGGACGACUCUCAUGAUAAAAAAUAUCCCCAACAAGUACAGUUCCAAGAUGUUGCUGGCUGCUAUCGAUGAGCAUCACAGAGGGACUUACGACUUUCUCUAUUUGCCCAUUGACUUCAAGAACAUGCAAGAAAACCUUCGUGCCUAUAGUUCGAACAGUCAACCUCUCCAAGCAAAUGGUUCAGAUGAGAGAUAG